UCCUCUGCAGGAUGAGAAGCUGCUCAGGCUGCUGAAGGAGUUUGGAUCAAACAGCUGGUCGUCAGUUUCUCUUCAUUUUAAAGGUCAGAGGUCAGCUGUGGAGUGUCAGAGGAGGUGGCAGCAGAUGAAGAACCCAGAGCUGGUCAAAGGUCCCUGGACUCAGGAGGAGGACGAGAGGCUCAUUGAUCUGGUGCAGAAGUACGGCAUGAAGCGCUGGUCGCUGAUCGCCAAACACCUGCACAGUCGGAACGGGAAGCAGUGCCGGGAGCGCUGGCACAACCACCUGAACCCGGUGGUGAAGAAGAGCAGCUGGACCCUGGAGGAGGACCGUGUCAUCUGUGAGGCGCACAGACUGCUGGGAAACCGCUGGGCCGACAUCUCCAAGCUGCUGCCCGGCAGGACAGAUAACUCCAUCAAGAACCACUGGAACUCCACCCUGAAGAGGAAGGUGGAGAGGGAGGGAUACCUGCAGGUCCUACACCUCUACAGCUCCUCUAACUCCUCCUCCUCCGUCAGACCGUCACCCAGCAUGGUCGACAUGUCCACAAAGGCAGACAGUCUGUGCACUGUGAAGGACGAGUCCAGCUGCACCUCCAGCGAUCAGAGUGUGUGCCGUCUCCAUAGCAACCUGGCCCACCUGUGCUCCCUCUGUGUCCCCGCCUCCUCAGGUUACGACUCCUCACUGAGCAUGUGCGAGCUGAUGGAGGUGAACCCGGAGAGCUGGAGCCGCGGCCCACAGGAAGUGAGCUCAUCGCUCUCCACCUGCCUGUACGGAGACGAGGCCGACCCGUCAGUUAUGGAUCUGAGCAGGAGUUAUGCUUCUGGUCUGAAGGAGCAGCUGCUAAACAGUGAGGGCGGAGCCUCCAUCACUGACUCCUCCUCCUGGACCAGGAACAGCAUACAGGGAGCUCUGAGCUUCUCUCCCUCUGAGUUCUUCAGUGUGUGUGGUUUAGACGACCUGAAGUUUCAGUGUCCGACUCUCACCUCCACCCCCGUCUGCGUCCUCAAACACGCCAGCAGCAGCAGCAUAGAGCAGACCAACUCCUGUCUGCACUGGAGCAACAACACCAAUCAGACCCCCUCAGAAAUCAGAGAGAGGAUCAGAGUGUUGUUGAUGUCAGCUCCUCUAUCUCCGACUCCUUUGAAGAGCAGCAGCAUCAGCCAGGAGGAGGUGUCAGCAAGCUCCAGCAGGAGGAUGACGCUGAAGGGGGAGGAGCCAAUUGUCGAUCCUGACAGUCAACAGUCCAACAGCAACUCUGAGGUGCAGGGAGAGAGUCUGCUGAUCCCAGCCCAACAGGUCAGCAGAGAGUCCAGCUCCACCUCCGAGACUCAGGGAGAAACCAGCUCCACCUCGCAGACUUUGGGGGAGUCCAGCUCCACCUCAGAUACUCUGGGAGAGCCAAAUGUCAUCGUGGAGGUUCAAAGAGAGUCCAGCUCAGUGCUUGGCUGUGAGGAACUGGGCUGUCUGGUGUUGGAGGGUCAGAUGGAGGUCUGGUGGUGUCAGCAGUCAGGGGGUCACCGGAACUCUCCUGAGACUUUUGCAGACAGACAGAACCUGCUGGAGCUGAGUGGCGAGCUGCAUGAGGUGAUGUUUGGGAAAACAGACGAUCAGAAGAGUCUGACAGAGCAGGCCCGACUCUACGCGGAGCCCUGAUCUUCGUCCUCCACAGACUUGUCUGCUCUUUUAUCAUCUUCAUCUGUCCUCGUGGUCAGCAGCAGGUCCGCCGUCCGCUCUUUUAAUUUUUUAAUCUGACGAACGCAGUGAUUGUGAGGAAGCUUCAGAGUGCCGAUUCGAGCUGCGAAUCAUGAGUCAGCAUGUUGAUUAUUUCAUCCUGAAAUCAUCUGAGUGUCGAGACGCUCGCUGCUCCGAGACUCCCUCAGUCUGUGAUGUCAGCCGCUCUGACAGGUUUCGUUGAUUUAUUGAGCUGUUUUUAAAAAACACAUUUAAAUGAUUUUAUUUGACAGUAACCGUUUUAACAACAAUACAAAGAGUUUGAACUUUUUAAACUUUUUAAUGAACUAUUUCUUGCGUUGUCAGGUAUUUGAUAGAUUUUUAAAUGAUCUUUAUCUCUUCAGACAUCGUGUCUUCAGACUCUCUGCUAAAUGUAAUUAUUCAUAUUUAUUUCUUGAAUUCCGGCAGCUUUGUAGUUUCAUAUUCUGUCAACAUCCUUUCAAUCUUUGACACAGAGACACUUUAUAUUUAAAACUUACUUUUGCACUUUGGAAUGAAUCUUUCUUGACCUCAACAAUUCCUUCUGUGGAACGUAAAGUGAAUAUAGCUGUAUUAGUAUAUUUCAAUGCAACUUGAUUUAUUUAUUAUUUUUUAUUGAAAUAGUUUUGGACAUAAAAACGUGGAAUGAUUUAUUUUCAGUUGAACGACUGACUCGUCUGAGGAGAUUUUUAAGAUGUGCAAUAAACAGAAA